CUGCACAGGUACAUCAAAUUAUUUCAGCCGGUUGCAAGCAUCUAGGUAGUCGCGUAGGUCUGUUCAAAUUUCAAACAUUUCCCUUUUGCUCGGACAUACGGGAAACAGGAAUGGCAAGGUAGUGAGAGCGUUGGCAGUCUUCCUCCCACCAACAUUCCAAAAAGUUGGGAAAGAAGAGCCACUUAAUUCCAACUACAAGAUUGUUAAUGCAUACAAAAAUGUACCGUAUGAUUGCAAUGGAACAAAGGCAGUUUGAUUUUGGUGAGUGUAGUCCUGAGAAGGACUGUAGUCGGUAGUGGUGACUGACGUUUCGACAAACUGAGCAGAAAUCAUCAUCUGAGUCAAUGAUUGUUGUCAUUCGAAUGUUCUUUGUCUGGUUCAUAUUAACUGAUUGGUAAGUUUUGCUGUCAUGUUAUUGGCUGUAAGAUUCAAGUGUCGCAAUUGGUUAUUUUUGAUCCGUUGGUAAUGUUUGGCUUGUCUGUUUGGUUAGUUUGUGAUGUUGACAUGGUGAAUAAGUCUUUUCAUUGUGCCAGUAGUUAAAUUGACACCUGACGAGGGGAGUCUGUUCUUACAUGUUGUUAGGAAACCAGCUUUCUAGAGUCAGUUCUUAACAGAAGUUAGUGCUAUAGGUUAGGAAUUACACAGAGUCCCAGUCAAUAGUGUAAAUUGUGAUAUGUUAGAUGAAGUGACAGCAAUUGUGGAUGGUUACAAUGCUUAUUUUAGCUUCUCAAAAGUGAAGACUGGAUACUCUGGAGUUGCAACAUUUUGCUGCGACGCAGUGACACCUAAAGCUGCUGAGGAGGGUCUCUCGUCUUGCCUUACUCCUCAGCCAUCUAUUGCCUGUUACGGCAGUAACACUGACUUCACACCUGAUGAGCUAGAAGCUCUGGAUAAUGAGGGUCGUGCCAUACUCACAGAACAUACUCUCCCUGAGGGCAAGUCAGUUGUUAUUAUUAAUGUGUACUGUCCCAGAGCUGACAAGGAGAAAAAGGAAAGAGUGGAUUUUAAAAUGAACUUUUAUAAAUUGCUGCAGGAGAGAGCUGAAUCCCUUGUCAAUGCAGGAAGGCACGUCAUUGUUCUUGGUGACAUUAACACAUCACAUAAAAUGAUAGAUCAUUGUGAUCCUGAUAAAGAGGAACUGUUCAAUGCUCAUCCUGGACGAAAGUGGUUGGAUCAGUUUUUGGUUCCAUGUGAAGUUAACGGCGCUAAUCCAGACCAUGACACAGGUGAUCCUCUCCAAGCACAAGGUGGGCUUUUUGUAGACUCAUUCCGUUAUUUUCACCCUUCCCAGCGUGACGCUUACACCAAUUGGUGCACGGUGACCAGUGCGCGUCAAACCAAUUACGGUACAAGAAUUGAUUACAUUUUUGCCGAUAAAGAACUUGUUGAUAAAGAAUUCCUAAACUGUGAGAUACUGGCCGAUGUCGAGGGCUCAGAUCACUGUCCAGUUGUAGCAACUUUGAAGACUUCUUUUCAAGCUGCAUUGAAACCUCCUUCCCUUUGUACGAAGUUUAUGCCAGAAUUUUCUGGGAAACAACAGAAACUUAAGUCUUACUUUUUGAAACAUGGACAACAGUCGCAGAGUCAACCCGAGGCUUGUUCUACGGACUUAAGUGUUACACAGGAAACAAAGACGUCCUUAAAACGGAGUGCCUCUUGCGGUGAUGUCAAAAGCAAAUCUGUAAAACGUCAAAAAUCUGCCGGAGGGAAAAACAAAGCUGAAGGACAGCCAAAGACAAAUCUGUUUAGUUUCUUUAAAAGGUCUACAGACCCGGUUGCAGUCAAUAAGAGUGUUACCGAGGUAACUAACGAAGCGUUUGAUUUAGUUAAGACUACUCCUUCCGAGUUUGAACAGUACGCAGGCGCGGAUAACGUCUCUUCACUCUCAAAUACCUCCGUUUCAUCUUCAGACGCGGCUUUAAAUGUUUCUGAAAACGAACCUGUCCCUGAAAACGCAUUGAGUCGCAAAGAUUGCGCAGAGAAGCGUAAAGUGGAUGCGGCAAUUUGGAAAAGUAUUCUCUCUGGGCCGCGUCCACCCCCUCUUUGUAGCGGUCACAAGGAGCCGUGCGUCCUAAGAACAGUGAAAAUCAAAGGUCCAAAUCAAGGGAGGCAGUUUCAUUGUUGUGCCAGACCACAAGGACACAGCUCCAAUCCUGAAGCUCGUUGCAAUUUCUUUAAAUGGGUGAAGUGGAGUUGAUUUCGGAGGUUGUGUAAAUAUCAUGGGGUGUUCCCACAAGAACAUGAGAGCUUUAAACUGUCAUUUUCCAAAAAAAAUAAAAUUUAUCAGUCCUUCUUUAAACGAAACAAAGAUUUCCAAUGAACCUGUUUGAAAGAAAUCGUCUGAAUACACUUCUACUGGAUUGAAGGAAACAUCAAAUGAGCAUUUUGAAAGCAAUUUUAUCAAUCAACUCUAAUGGGGAAUAUGUGGUUAAAGUCCCAUUUCCAAGCAUAUUCCUUGUUUAAAGUUUUCAGAGUUUGAUCAGGUAACCAAAAAUUAUUUUCAAUUGUGUAUUGAACUGGAAAAUGAAACUUGCAUCUUCAUAUUUUCCUCCAAUUUUUGUUUAAGAGGGGGGGGAAAGGGGAGGAGGGGUAGUUGUGAGUGCUCUUCUCCUUCAUGCACUCCUCCAAGGAGAUGAAACAUGCGUGCGAAAGAUCACAGUCAAUUACUCAACAACUUUAUCAAUGUAUAUGUGUUAUUGAUUUAAGGGGGUAAGUUUUCAAAGAAGCUGUGGUGCUGCUCGGUGGGAGGGUAUAACAAGAUAAUUUUGGUUUUAUCAACUGAGUUGAUAAUGUAGAUUGGCCACCGUAAAGAGUUUACAGGCUGACGUUUCGAGCGUUAGCCCUUCGUCAGAGCGAAUGACGAAGGACCAAUGCUCGAAACGUCGGCUUGUAAACUCUAUACCGUGACUGAUUUACAUUAUCAACUCAGUUAAUGAAUUAAUGUGUGUUACUGUUUGUCAAAGGUGACCCCUCCUAAAGAGUAAAUAGCACUUAUGCAAAAUGUCUAUAUGAACUUUUAAAACAUCAAAUCAGAGACUAAUGAAUAAAACAACUGUUGAUAUUCUCAUUCAACCAAA